AUGGGUCGUGGCUUUAAUUUUCGACUUUUGUAUCGAGUCGUUUUCUUUUCCUUCGGUCUGAUUUUCGCCUCUUUUUACCGUGGUGGUGAUUCAGAGUCUGUCUCGUCAGAGUAUGGCAGGCGAGAAGAUAAAACAGAAGCGAACAAAUUUAAAGAUGAAUUCAAAGGCACACCCUUGAAUGUUGACGUUUCUCUCAAACAAGACGAACGCGCCCCGAACUUGACAGAAAAUGAUCAACAAAUUGAUGGCCGCAAUGCGCGGAAGAAAACAGAUUUUUCAAAGAUGGUUAGAAAAGGUAACAUUUGAAAAAUAUUAAUGUGAGAAUGUUAGCAUUUCAGAAGAAGUAAUUGUUAACCUAUAUACUUUAUUUUUAGCAAAUGCGAUGAAAACACUCCGAAAUGAAAGAAUACAAAAGAUCCCAGUACUGCAUUUUCCAACUUCAUCGCCGUCUGAGGUAAACUUUCCACGCGAAGAAUCGACAACCAUCUCCCGCUCAAAUGAGACAGAAUGGCAAAAAGAUGGCGGUAAAAAUAUAUAUUUAUUGGAAGAUCAUUUCUUUCACGAGAAUGACUUGAGAGAAACAGCCAAAAGAGAAAUGUUCGCUUCACUCACAAUUCAACAUCUCCGGAACAGACGUGAAAUUGAUUUGAAAUCUGAGUAUACCCAGCAAGAUUUGUUAAUGUGCAACGAUUCAAUCAUCAAUAUAAAAUACGAUGAUGAAUACAAAGUUGGGACUGACUUUUCAAUAUUCUAUAAGAACAUGGUGUACGAUUAUACUGAGUAUCGAGUUCUGAAUCAUGGCAUAAAGAUUUGUAAUUCCACUGAUGACUAUGUAAGGAAUAUUUGGAAAAUACGCAAUAAAUAUGUAAAGGCGACAAUGCAUCAAAAAAGUUGCAAUAAACCCAUUAAAGAGUCUUGGUUGUACCAAAAGUAUUAUACCGUAAAUAAGCAGUUCACUAUCUAUUUGGGAGGUCGUGGCCAAUAUUUCACAAGAAAUGACUAUGGGGUGAAAGACGGUAAACCUUAUAUAUGUGAUGAAAAGUUCAGACCCACAUCAACAAGGUAUAUCCAGGAAGAUCUAUUAAUGUGCAACGAUUCAAUCAUGAAUAUAAAAUACGAUGAUGAAUACAAAGUUCGAACUGACUUUUCAAUUCUUUAUAAGAACAUGGUGUACGAUUAUAGUGAUUAUCGAGUUUUGAAUGUUAGCAUAAAGAUUUGCAACUCCACUAAUAAUUAUGUAAGGAAUAUUUGGAAAGUAUGUAAUAAGUGGGUAAAGGCUACAAUGCAUCAUAAAAGUUGCAAUAAACCUAUUAGAGAAUCUUGGCUGUAUCGAAAGUAUUACACUGUGAAUAAGCAGUUCACUGUCUAUUUCGCAGCUACGAGGCAAUAUUUCACAAGAAAUGAUUAUGGACUGCGAGACGGUAAACCUUGUACAUGCGAAGAAAAAUUCAGACCCAAAUCAACAAAGUAUACCAAGGAAGAUCUAUUGAUGUGCAAAGAUUCUAUCAUCAAUAUAAAAUUCGAUGAUGAAUACAAAGUUCGGACUGACAUUUCAAUACUCUAUAAAAACAUGUUGUACGAUUAUACUGAGUAUCGAGUGCUGAAAGAUGGCAUAAAGAUUUGUAAUUCCACUGACGACUAUGUAAGGAAUAUUUGGAAAGUACGCAAUAAAUGGGUAAAGGCGACAAAGCAUCAAAAAAGUUGCAAUAAACCCAUUAGAGAGUCAUGGUUGUACCGAAAGUAUUACACUAUGAAUAAGCAGUUCACUGCCUAUUUGGGAGGUCGUGGCCAAUAUUUCACAAGAAAUGACUAUGGGGUGAAAGACUGUAAACUUUAUAUAUGUGAUGAAAAGUUCAGACCCGCAUCAACAGAGUAUACCCAGGAAGAUCUAUUAAUGUGCAACAAUUCAAUCAUCAAUAUAAAGUACGAUGAUGAAUACAAAGUUCGGACUGACUUCUCAAUACUCUAUAAGAACAAGGUGUACAAUUAUACUGAGUAUCGAGUUCUGAAUGAUAGCAUAAAGAUUUGUAACUCCACUGAUAAGUACGUAAGGAAUAUUUGGAAAGAACGUAAUAAGUGGGUAAAGGCGCUAAUGCUAUAUAGAAUUUGCAAUAAAGUCGCUAUAUACUUUGUGUUUACCCGUUGGGAAUACACUUUGCUCAAGGAUUUUAGAGUUAGCAUUUUGGCAACAAAACAGCUGAUAACAAAGUACGAUUAUGCUGUGUUUGAAGGUAAACUUAUAACAUGUGUGACUGAAUGCGCCAAUUUUACCUUUACUAUAAAAUAUGAAGAUGAAUACAGUGUAUGGAACAACUUCUCAAUGAUGUACCAAGGUCGAAUGUACUCAUAUGACAAGUACAGAAUAACGGAUGAUGGUCUACAAGUUUGUAAUUCUUCUGACCGUCUCAUUAAAGAAAAAUGGCGGAAUUUCAUUGUUUCGGAAAAGAUAACGACUGCUUUCAAACAUUGUAAUGUAUCUGUGGACGGUUUUUUCUUCGAAAAUUACACAUUACAUACAAACUUGAUUGUCUUCUUCAAACCUACCAAUCAAAAUUUCACAAGGCAAGAUUACGGAGUGAUUAUGGGAUAUUUUGCAAUUUGUUCAAGAAAGCUCAGAUUGUCCUGCAAUGAUGAUUUGGUCAAAGUAAAGUACGGUGAACAAUACAACGUUUUUAGAAACUUUUCGCUGGUUUACAACAACAAAAUAUACGAUUAUCGCGAAUAUCGAUUAAGUCACAACAGUCUUCAAAUAUGUGUUUCCAAUGAUUCAAGAGUCCAGACGAUUUGGAGAACCGCAAAUUCGUGGAAAAAGUCAUUGCCCGCAUCCUGUUAUCGUUCUUAUAAAUUAAAUGCAGGAUACUACACUGUGACAAAGCAGUUUGCUGUGUAUUCGGCAGAUAACGGUCAAUAUUUCAAAAGAAAUGACUAUGCGGUGAUAGACGGUAAACCUUAUGUAUGCGGCAAGGAAAACUUAACACCAAUAUACGUAAUUACAAACUUUAAGGUUAUUAUAGCACCAUUAUGUGCUUUAGCGCUUUCUAUUAUUUCUUUGCUAUUGUUGUUGAUUGUUUACUGUAUGCUUCCAGAACUGCGUACACUUCCUGGUUUGAAUUUAAUGAGUUUUAGCUUCGCCUUGCUGUUGUGGCAGACUUACCUUGUAGUAUUUUUGUCACUGUAUUCUCAUGUAGGUAAACUGUUUGAGAUACCAUGUGCAAGGCUGUUUGUAGCAAAUAAGUUUAUGACGUAUAGUAUAAUUAUGAAUGCUGCGGUUAAUGUCUAUCACUUAAAGAAAACAUUUUGCGGCGAUACUCCAGUGAAAUCUGAUGAACUGAAGAAGUGGAACAGAUUUUUGAAGUAUUGUCUCUUUAGCUGGGGAGUUCCUGUCAUUAUAACGAUUGUUUACAUUGUGCUAAUAAAGAAAAAUAUUCUAAGGUUCGAUCAACCUGUUGCGUCUCUGAAGAACAACGUUCAAUCGAGCUUAAGUUUUUAUCAACGCGUUGUGUUUGCGAAUGGAAAUCAUGGAGAUGCGACGGCAAAUAAAACAAGGAUGUAUCAACCCAUUGCAUUCUUCAAGAAAAAUGUCCAGUCAAAGUUUAAUCAAAGCAUUGUACCUUGGAAGGAAGAUGCGACGGAAGAUGAUGCAAGGAUUUAUCAACCUAUUGUAUCUUUGAAGAAAGACGUUCAGUCAAGCUUAAAGUUUUAUCAACGCAUUGCAUUCGCGAAUGGAGAUGGGAAAGAAGAUAAUGCAAGGAUUUAUCAGCAGAUCUCUGCAGAUUGUAUCAAUGGUCGAAUUACUCCCGAUUGGUCAGCUGAUGUUGAUGUAUAUGGCCUUCAAGGUUGUCUUUUGUUGUACAUUAUUGGAAUGUUCAUCUUUACUGCUUAUCGAAUUCGCCCAAAACUCAAGGCAAGCAGGAACAUUGCACAGAAGUCGAAUGUUGUUAAGCGUCAUAAAUUUGUCAUACUGCUCAAGCUGUCAACCACUGCAGCCUUAAGUUAUUGGUUUCCUCUCUUCAUAUCUAGAAUCGUGGAUUUUGAUUUCGACAUAAAGAUAGCGCUGUAUACUGUAACGUUGCUUACUGGUGCCUACAUUGGUAUUGCGUUUGUCUUCACACGAAGAAAUUAUCAGUUGCUCAAGAAAAAAUAUUGCCCUGCAAACAAUAACCCGCCAGUUAAUAACGAAAUUCCGCUGAACAGACUAUAG